AUGGCGACCGUACUUGCGAGAGGCGGAAAGGACCCGUCUUCGGUCUCAACAACCUCAUUAGAUAGCAUUUCGCCACCUCUGGGGGCUCCGAUAGUUGAGAGACGCUCAUGGUUCAAGAAGGGAACAAAAGUCGACAAAGAUGCCAUUGCAACGCAGCUUUCAGUAUUCGACGACCCAGACACAGCUGAAAAGUACCAGCCGAGACCAGACUGGGAAAAUAUUCACAGAUUCGACCCUUCUUUCCGAUGGACAUGGCGCGAAGAGGGCAAACUCAUCCGGAAAAUGGACCUCUACAUUACGUUUUGGGCCUGUAUAAUGUUCAUGGCUCUCGAACUUGACCGGUCCAACCUUUCACAAGCAUUGACCGAUAACUUCCUUUCGGAUCUUCACAUGACUACGAAUGAGCUUCCUUCACAGCUAGUGUCGAAAUGGAUGGGCCCGGAUCGAUGGAUCCCGAUGCAGAUGUGCUUAUGGAGUCUCGUCGCAGGCGCCCAGUUUUGGUUGUCGGGCCGAAGCUCGUUCCUUGCAACACGAGCCUUGCUCGGAAUUAUUCAGGGCGGAUUUAUUCCAGAUGUCAUCUUAUACCUUUCCUAUUUCUAUAGACACGCAGAGUUGACAAUCCGCCUGGGUUUCUUCUGGACAGCUCUGAGCUUGGCAGACAUAUGCUCGGCAUUGCUCGCGUACGGGUUAUUGCACAUGCGAGGUAUUGCGGGACGCUCUGGAUGGAGAUGGCUUUUCCUUAUUGAAGGCCUCUUGACGCUCGUUGUUGGGUUACUUGCCUGGGUUCUCAUGCCUGCUGGUCCUUGUCAAACGGCCAGCUGGUUCAGAGGCAAAAAGGGUUGGUUUUCUGAACGGGAGGAAAAAAUCAUCGUCAACAGAGUUAUUCGCGAAGAUCCCAGUAAGAGUUCGAUGCACAAUCGUGAGCCUGUCACACCCAAGUUACUAUGGCAGAGUCUUAAGGACUAUGAUCUCUGGCCGAUAUACAUCCUUGGACUUGUAUUCCAAGUUCCUGCGACUCCGCCAGCUAAUUAUCUGACUCUUACGCUCAAGGGCUUGGGCUUUGACACUUUUCAGACAAAUUUGCUCACCAUUCCAUCAACGGUGCUGCACGUCUUCAUGAUGCUGGCCCUUACAUAUCUAGCCGAAGCUUGGAGCGAACUUACUUUGACGGCCCUAAUUGGUCAAAUUUGGCUGCUUCCAUUCUUAAUCUACCUCAACGUUGUUAAUACUACGGAAGUGAACAAGUGGGUGUUCUGGGUGGUGGUUACACUUCUCCUUGCAUACCCGAAUGCCCAUCCGAUUCAAGUAGCAUGGAACUCGCGCAAUAGCAAUGCAGUAAGACUUCGAACGGUUUCAGCAGCGUGUUACAACAUGUUCGUCCAGGCUGGUGGCAUCGUGUCCGCCAACAUCUACGUAGCAAGUGAUGCUCCUCGUUAUGUUCACGGCAAUCGCGCACUCCUUGGCAUUACCUGCAUGAACAUAGUCAUAUAUAUCCUCACGAAGUUGUACUAUGUGUGGCGUAACCAGUCCCGAGCAAAGAAAUGGGAAGCAAUGACUGAAGAACAGCGACUAAACUAUCUCGCUACGACAACUGAUGAAGGAAACAAGAGGCUCGACUUCAGAUUUCAGCAUUAG